CGGGUUCCCCACUCUAUUCCUCUGCCAUUCUCCGAUUUUCCUUUUUACCGUGUUUACCACCCUCACAAGCAGCAACCAUGACCCAGCUCGAGACAGCAAUUGCCGGCCUGAUGAAGACCUUUGAUACAUAUGCCGCGGGUGACGGAAACAAAGACACCCUAUCCAAAGCUGAGACCAAGACUUUGCUGGAGAAGGAGCUUCCUAGCUUGCUCAAGGCAGCAAAGAACCAAGCUGAGGUGGACAAGCUACUGAAUAGCCUGGAUUUUAAUGGAGACUCCGAGGUCGACUUCACUGAGUUUGUGGUGCUUGUAGCUGCCCUGACCUGUGCCGCCCACAACCGUGGCUGCAAGAAGUGAGCAUGUUGUCCGCACACCUUGGAUGGAGCCCAAUGGAGGCCUAAUCGGCUUUAAAUUCCUCGUAGUAACUUUUUUUUGGAGAAGCUGAAUAAAGUUAUUUAUCUAACUGUA